AACGCAGCCCGAGGCUGUCCGCAGCGACGCGGCCAGAAACGCCGGAGCUCGCCGCCUCCUUGUAACCCUCUUUUUAGCACCGCAUUUGCAGGCCGACUUCUGUACUUUGUCCCUCCCACCCGCUCGUCUGCUGUAAUCCCGCCCCUGAGUGGGUUGAUUUUUUUUUUCCCCCCGUAGAUCUUCGUGUUUUGUCAGAGGCGCCGAGGACCUCGCCGACAUUUUACACAGCUCAGCAGCAUCAGAGCUGACGUGGCGGCUACGUGUGCAGCGGCUCAGGCCAUCCACUCCUACCGUAAUCAGUGACGAGUCCCACUACGUAAAAAACAUCGUCCAAUGACCAUGGAAACUGUGGUUGACUCUCAGCAGGAUGGAAGUGUAAAUGACUCUGUAUCCGAUGGCGAGGGUGUUCAAAUCAAGAACCGAUCCACCCAAUCUCCAAUCUCUACCAUUGGACAGGCUACAGUCACAAGCAGUGGAGUGACAGGAGUGUCUUCGUCUGUAACUGUGGUUCAGUUACCCAGUGGUCAAACAGUUCAGGUUCAUGGAGUUAUCCAAGCACCACAGCCCUCUGUAAUUCAGUCACCACAAAUACAGACUGUUCAGGUAGCGGCAAUAGCAGAAUCCGAUGAUGGAGAAACAACAGAAGGUGUCACAGACUCACAAAAAAGGAGAGAACUUCUUUCCAGGCGACCAUCUUACAGAAAAAUCCUUAAUGAAUUAUCAUCUGAUUCACCGGCUGUUCCAAAAAUUGAAGAAGAGAAGUCUGAAGAGGAGGGAACACCUUCAAAUGUUGUACCUCAACCAGUGCCAACUUCUAUCUAUCAGACCAGCACUGGUCAAUACAUUGCUAUUGCCCAAGGGGGACCAAUCCAUAUUGCCAGUCCAGGAAGCGAUGGCAUCCAGGGACUACAGACUUUGACUAUGACAAAUUCAGGAACGCCACAACCUGGUGCUACUAUUGUGCAGUAUGCCACACAGUCAGGGGAUGGAACCCAGCAGUUUUUUGUGCCAGGCAGUCCACUGGUUGUUCAAGCUGCCACCGGUGAUAUGCCAACCUACCAGAUCAGGACACCCACAUCAAGUUUGCCACAGGGGGUUGUAAUGGCAGCUUCCCCUGGCUCUCUGCAAGGCCCACAGCAGCUUGCUGAGGAGGCAACACGGAAGAGGGAACUCAGACUAAUGAAAAACAGGAUGUCUGCUAGAGAAUGUCGUCGUCGGAAGAAGGAAUAUAUAAGCUGUCUGGAGAGUCGCCUUGCGAUACUUGAAGUCCAGAACAAGAAGUUAACAGAAGAUCUUCAAAACCUGAAAGACAUCUACAAUGGACAAUCAAAUUAAAUGUGCCCUCAAGGAAUACUAGUUGAAAACUUUUUUUUUUGUUAAGAGGUGCAAACAAUUAGACCUGCUUAUUUAGCUCUGUUACUCUUAACUCCAUUAUAUUUUACAUUCCUCAGUGUGAUUUGUUAAGAGCGCCUGUAAAAAUGUAAUAGGAAAUUCUGAGUAUAUUUGAAGUGUACAGUACAAAAAUGCCCCCUGUCCCAUUUCAUUUGUAUUUUAAAUGUGUUUAAAGAAAACAAAAAUCUUCAUACUUUUAUUAUCAAAAAAGGGAGAAAAGUUAUUUCUCACAAAGUUCCAAACUUCAACUUUUUUACCCAAUACUUUUCCAUUUUAUUUGAAGCUGAUAGAUCUGUUGUAUACCAACCAUGCUGGCAUACACGAAUGCAAUUUCUAGCAGCACAACAUCUAAAUGUGGAAUGGAUCCUGAGGAUUGGCCUGCAGUAGAUUAAAAAAAUACUAUCUUGUAUAAGACCAAAAUUUAUAUAUGUACCUCUGAGAGGAUUUUUCUAUUAAAAAGUUAAUAAUUUAAGAAAUAACUGGUAAUUAUUGUGAAUCUAAAAGUUAAUAUAGUCCAGUGCUUAUCUGUGUUUCUGCAUGAUUGUGAGCAAGUAUACGUGUUUAUUUUUGUUUUGCUUCCAUUUCACAUUGAUGUUUCAGCAAUGUAACACAGAAGCUAUGUUUGUAAAAGGUGUCUGAAUUAUUGUGUUGAGAACCAAAAGAAAGGUUACUCUGACAUCAGAUAACAAUAUGUUCUGAUGUUUUGGAACCCAAUAAUUCUCUGGUAAGUUAAACAUUAUCAUAAUGUAGUAGGUAAAGAUUCACAGUGUUCUUUGCAAUGCAUUAUAGUCUUGUGUAUCACGCGUAACUCAUAUUGAGUGUGUUUUGGGGACUUUUUUUGGUAAAAUACCAAGUAGUCUGGUCUAGCUUUUAUAUAAAUCUGGUAUGUCAAAAUAUGUUACUACACACAAAAAAGUAUAAUUUAUUGAAUAAGUGAUUAAGGGUUCUUCCCACUCAGAUUUUCAGAUAAAAACAAUUUUGAGCUGAAACUGCAUGCGUGACAAUCCUACAUAGUCAUGAUCUGCUUCACACAGACCAGACCUGAAUGCAAACAUUCAACUGAUUUAUCCUGCUCUUAUUAUUGCCAAAUUAUUUAAAACAACCACUGGACUGUUUUUGUCAAACUUCAUGAGAAAGCUUAGCAAAGUGAAUUUGAAAAAUAUAGCUAGUGUUUAUUAAAAACAAGAUAUGAUUAGCAUUCUAGAUAACUGAUAUCUGAAAAAAACCCAAAUUUCUCACUGAUGAUAAAAUGCAUGCAAAUGUGGAACAAUUGCAUGUAUUCUAAAAUCAAGGUAUUUAAGCAACAGAUUUCUGUGUUAUACACUUCACUAUACAACAUUGCUCACUAUCACUAUCUAAUGUAAUGUAAUAUCUGUUGUCACCAUAAAUUAUAGUGAGAAGCCAGGAGUAUUUUUGGAUUUCAGAAGUAUACUUCUGUGCUGAUACCACCCUAAAGUCAGGACAUUGACUUGGCCACUUAAAGAUGUUCACUUUUUAUAUUUAAGACACUCCAGUAUAACUUUGUUCUUGAGCUUUGGAUCGUUGUACUACUGAAAGGUAAAUAUUUUGUCCCAGCCUUGGGUGUGAAGCAGGUUUCCCUCUAAGAUUUGCCAGUACUUUGCUCCAUCUAUCUUCCCAUCAGUCCUGCCAAGCUUAAGCCUGAUCUACAGUAUGGCUGGUGUUUCCCACUUCUUAACGAUUGACUUCACCAUGUUCAAAAAGUAUUAUGAGUUUAAUAUUUUAUACCCGUCUCCAGAUCUGUGCCUUUAUGCGACUGUAUUGUGAAAGCUCUUGGACUUUAGAUUAAUUUUUGAUUGAAAUUCACUACCUGAGAGACAUUACAGAGGUAGGUGUUAUUUAUUCUGAAAUUAAGUGAACUAUUAUUACACACAGGUGAUUUUGUGCAGCUAAAUUAAUUUAGGUUGGUCACAGCAAAGGGCUUGAAUACUUAUCAUGAUGCAAUCAUGAUUUUCAUUUUUUCUUCAUAUUAUGUUUAGUUCUUUUUUUGUAUUUAGUGAGUAAGAAUCGGUUGACUGCAAACACUAAAGUAACAAAAUGUGAAAACUCCUUAGGGGUUUGAACACUUUUGCAAGGCACUGAAUUGCUAAUUGUGGUAUGUAUUGGUUAGUAAUUAUAGAAAUUAUAUGUAUAUGAAUGUAUAUGAGCACAUUCAAUCAGACUAGCCUUUUGAUAUUAUGACUGUCAGCUGAAAAACAAUUUAUGUCACUUACUAUCAUAGGAUACUGCAAUAAAUUACUUUAAACAUC